AUGUACUCUUUACAGAGUCUCCCUCAAUUUUUCAUCAGGUUCCAAAUGAUGUCUGCCAGAAUACCAUGGGUCCUACGACAAAUUCGUCACCAAUCAUCAUGGCAAACGUCUAUCAAGGCUGCUGAAGACAUGGUUCGUGUGGAAGUGAAAAAGCAAGAUCCUUUUUCCAUUGUAUCGAACGAAAUGUCGACUUUGGCAAAGAACAUUGCUAGAAUUGUGGGAUCAGGCCACCCUACCCUGAAUAGAGUUUCAUCCUACUACUUCGAAGCUGAUGGGAAGAAGAUACGCCCUUUGAUAGUUCUACUUCUAUCUCGUGCCGUUUCUUGCAUUCCAGAGUCCAAAAGAAACCGGAUUGAAAUUGAUCGUUAUGAUGUACUGGACCAGAAGGAAUAUGAAGGGACCCCCAAGUCCAUGCUAUUUGCAGGCAAGUCUGCUUUGGAAUCCAUAUCUCCUUUGAACAUUUUGCAUGGAAUCAAUCCUUCUUUGAUUUUGAAUCCGCUGACCAGGGCUAACCUUCCAUUACCAGACUUUGAAGACUCAGCUGUCAAUAAUGAAAUUCUUCCCAAACAAAGAAGAUUGGCCGAAGUAGUAGAAAUGAUUCAUACUGCUUCAUUGUUGCAUGAUGAUGUUAUUGAUUUUUCUGACUCCCGCCGUGGAAGGCCUUCAGGAAACGUCGCAUUCACUAACAAGAUGGCUAUUCUUGCUGGAGACUUUUUACUAGGAAGAGCCUCGGUAGAGCUUGGCCGACUGCGUAAUUCUGAGGUGGUUGAGCUAAUGUCAACGUCUAUUGCUAAUCUCGUGGAGGGAGAAUUCAUGCAAUUGAAGAAUACUGUUCUACAACCGGACAUUACCAUGGUCGAAGGAAAUCCUACUCCUAUUCCAGAAGCUACUGGUAAAGUACCAACAGAGAUCAGUGAAUAUUCAGUUCCUGGUGCCAUUGUUGAUGGUAAACGAAUCAUCACUCAUGAAGAGAACGUAAAUGCCGCUUUCGACUAUUAUCUUCACAAAACUUACCUUAAAACCGCAGCAUUGAUUUCCAAGUCAUCCAGGUCCACUGCUAUCUUAGCAGGUUGUCAAGAAGAGGUCAUCAACAAUUGUUACAGAUUUGGGCGUAAUCUUGGUUUGUGUUUUCAGAUCGUUGACGAUAUGUUGGACUACACAACCACAGCUGAACAACUCGGCAAGCCUGCUGGUGCAGAUCUCCAACUGGGCUUGGCCACAGCUCCAAUUCUCUAUGCUUGGAAAAAUGACCCCAGUCUCGGACCUCUGAUAGCACGUAAUUUCUCAAAGCCUGGUGAUGUUGAGACUGCCAAAACGGCCGUUAUAAAGAAUGACGGGGUUGAGAAGACUCGUGUGUUGGCCAGUAAAUAUAGAGAUCAAGCACUUGAAGCUUUACGAACGCUUCCCGAAAGUGGAGCCCGUUCGGUAUUAGAAUUUGUGACUAACAGUGUUCUUACUAGAACCAAAUAG